GCUCGUGUGGCCGGUGUUACAUUCUCUCUGUGUUCAAGCAAUGACAAUUCGACUGUUUUUGGGAGAAAGUUAUCUGCUUUAACUAACGAAUUAGGGAGCUAUCUUUUUUGUGACUAACGGGAGACGUUGCUACCCAUUUCGGGUUCCGGUAGUAAUUUCGUGUCUAAAAGCCGCGACCGUCUUCGCCUCGUAAUUGUCGGCAGUUCUGAAAACCUGCUGCAAUUUUAGUGCAUUUAUUCGGCUGCUUGUCCUACCAUCGCUGAUACAGAUGAAAAGAGUAACAUGUCUAGCAAAUAUUCAGAUUUAAGGCCGUAAAUACGCCGGGGCUGAUUCUGCAAAUUUGGGCAAAAGUUUGUUACGAUUUCACAACGCAAGAUUUUUCCAAACGUUAUGAUCCAUAGUUGGCAAGUCUUCACCUUCCAUUGCAACGAUGAUUAAAAAUGGACGUAAGCUGGUUUCUUUUUGAGCAUUGUUGUUAUAGAUAAUGGAUGACAGAUUUCCUUCAGACAAUGUUCCUGAUAUGACAAACCACCAAGAAAACUGUAAUCACACUCCUGCUGAGAAAUCCAAAACCCCUGUGGUUACCACUGCUGAAGUUUCAAGUGACCAGAGCACAAAAGCAGAUUCCCCAGAACAGCCACAAGCUAUCACCAUGGCAACCCAACCCAAGCCCUCUCUAAGUACUGUUCAUGUACAGCAGAGCUUUCAUGGAAUCCGUUCAUCCAUACCUGUAUUGACUCACUCAGCUUCUGAGCCAACUUAUCAGUCAAGGAAAACUCUUGUGCGAAGCGUUGCUGUGACAAGUGUUCCUUCACCUCCACCCUCUCAGUACCCAGAAGAGGGUGCAGUGCUAAGUAAAAAUACCAGUAUUGAAUCCUGCGACAGUGGAAUUGCAGGAGAGUUACCCCCCAGGCUUGAGGCCUUGGCAAGAGCCUCCAAACAGAGUUCACUUUCCAGAGAUGGUUCAUUUGAAUACACAGAUUCUACAGGAACUGACCUACAUGAUUUUAUUAUAAAGACUCUUCGCAAUCCCAGGGAUAGAAAAUUUCUCAUGAGACUUGAACAAGAUUUCCUUAAUUUUAUUCAGCAACCAGCUCUCUUCCUUCACUAUCCUCCAAUGACGUCAUACCACCGCAUGAUCGUGCACAGAGUUGCAGCUUACUUUGGUAUGGAUCACAAUGUUGAUCAACAAACAGGAAAGUCAGUGAUAAUAAACAAAACAGUGAAUACAAGAAUACCUGAAAGCAGAUUUUUAGAACUGAUCCCCAGAGAGGAAUCAGAGGACUCCGAGAGUUCAAUGCCACGAUUAAUUCUCAAAAGACAAAAUACACCGUCAGACGAAACCACUCCUCCAAAGAUUGACAGUCCUGUUCUUAUACAUUCUAUGGAGGAUAAGCGCUCCAAAUCCAUUGAAGAACGUGAAGAAGAGUACCACAAAGCUAGGGAGAGGAUCUUCAACCAAGACUCUAUAUCAUCUCAGUCAUCACAGUCUUCGAAAGGCGAAAGUGAUAUGAUAGUCCCUCAACUUUUACAAAGAGAGGACAUGGAGAAUGUUGGUGAUGUGGUUGAUGAUGAAAAACUUGAGAGGCUACCUAUAAGUAAAAUUGGUAAGUCCAAAUCAGAGGAAGUGGAUGUCACGGGAGACAGGUCCUCGACUGGGACGUCGGGUAUUAAAAUAAUGACGAACAAGGCAUUUACGAGGUCCAGCAGUAGCCCAGGAAUAAGCCAUAUUAGCGGUUCCCCCGCCUUGGAGCGUGUCUCCAAUUCUGUUCGUCGAGCAUCAGAUGGAAACCAGCGGCAGCGCCAUCUACCAAGCUCACAGUCUGUCAUAUCAGCUCCGCUACCUUACUGGGUGGCAGAGGGUACCCCCUUAGUUGUUCCCUCGGGGGAGAUGCAGAUGCUCCCGGUGCAAUCUCCUGGAAUGCAAGGGAUGCCUGUACCCGUCAUGGCUGCACCGGCUCCUUCGUCACAACAAAGUGGUGGAGUGAUGUGGUCAGUGCCGCAAGAGCCUUUACAACCGGGAGUGAUGCUUAUAAAUCCCAAUACAGGGACACCUUUGCUAGGACCUGACGGAAAUCCAUUGGUAAUGCAACCAGCCUAUCAGCAGGUCAUGAUGAAACCAGGCUCAACCUCAGGCUACACUCAGCCAUCGACUGUUCGCACACCUGUGCAGGCUGCACAACAGCCUUCCGCCAUUGCGCAACAGCAGCAGCAGUCGCAACAACAACAGCAACAGGCCCAGACAGCGGUGAAUUCUGGUCAGAUUGUGAUGCCGCAGUAUGUCAAUAUGCCGCCACCGGUGUAUGUUUUACCGUCCAGCGGUCGACCCCCAUUUGCACAGCAACAGGCUGGAGCAGAGACGGGAAGUCAUUGGUCAGCAUCAGCUCAGCCGGCAACCUCAGGUAAUCCGGGAUAUCAGGACAUGACUGCUCAGUUUGGCGCGCUUUCACUUUCGGGACAAGCCACUCUGGAGACAACUUCAUAUCACCACCAACAACAGUACGCCGAGUCAGGCGUGCCGAGCUCCACUCGUACAACAUCGCCAAUGUACGUAAACAGUGUCACGCAAGGUGGUCAAAUGCAGUAUGUUGUGUUACCUCCAUCAGGCAUGCAGUCGCAGAUGAGGCCGUUGAUACAAAGCCAACCUUACGGUGCUCAAGCGGUCCCCCAGACUCCAAACCCUCAGCAAUACCAAAGUUACGUGGUUUCACCGACUCAAACACCUUAUCAACAAUUCCCUUACGGAACCCUUCCUAAAGAUGUUACUUCCUCUGUCAUUCAACAACACGCUCGAUCCCAGACACCACCCACCCCUCCCCAGACAGCGUCGCCUGCUCAUACGAGCCAGUAUUUGCAGCAACAACAACAGCAGCAUGCUCAGGCGCAACUGACAUAUUCAUCUCAAAUUCCUCAGCAGUCACCGCAACAGACGCAUACCACGCCAUAUCAGCAACAAACGACCUCGUCCCAUACCCCACAGCAACUCCUUCGACCUAUGGUACCUGUAGUCAUUCAAGGAGGUCGUAGCGUUGCCAUGGCACCUGCUGUCGGGCAACAGGGUCCAGUCCCUUCUCAGUACCAACAGACUCCGCAUGUUCAGAACCAGUAUCCCUCCAAUCAGAGGAGAGUGUUUAAUAUUGAAAGACGCGCUUUUAAAGCAGGGGAGAUGUACAGCUCUGAAGCUGUCAUGCAGGGCUCCCCCUCUUUAGUGUCUUAUGGGGAUGGAUCAAUACCCACUGGCUAUGAGAUUCAGGGAGAGAGGAGCCAAUUCAAUCAAUAUCCGUAUCAAAGAUACGGUUCCUCGGGGCAGUCUGCAAAUCAACCGUACAACAAACAGAAAAAUAAACAAUUCAAAGAAAGGCGAGGAAGCCCACGGGUACAACAUCAGGAUACGGGCAAAAAACACGGCCGUAAAACUCCAGAAACUGAGAGGACGGCUGGUGAACAGUGACGACUAAGAGAUUUUAAUGGCCACGUGUUUCAGUGUGAGUCGGCCUUAUUCUGGAGGCGUAUGACUCACCCAAGGGAAUUAACAAAUUAUGUGAAAAAUGGAUUAUUUGACGAUCUGGUGAAGACUGGGGCCCGGUUCAAGUGGAUUGUGCGCUGCUUCGAGCGGAUCACAAGAGAGUCCGGUCGUCGCAAUUUUCCCUUCUUCGACAGCAGCCGAACAUGCUCUUAAUACAAUGUCACGCUUCAAAUUUAAACUUCGCCAUUCUCAAAAAAACGAGCAGUCACGCUUAUGCGGAUUCGAACGCUUCUAUUUCGUCCUCGUCGUAGAUGUUUUUACGUUCCGCUUUACCCGAAAACGUUAUUUUUAUUUUAUAUUUGAUUUUUUAUAUGAAUUGCGCGGCGGAAACUUCCAAGUAUUACUAAUUAUAGGCCUCUAGUCCUAAUGUGCUUUAGCCUGGUUCAAAUAUUGCUCUAGUUGUAAGAAAUGGUAUAGAAUUAAAUUGAAGUAAUUUAGAAAAGUAAA